GAAAGAACAUUGGCAUUAGAAAAAAAAAAUCAAACUGUGGUAGUAGAUGUAUGUGAGGAGAGACAAGACAAGCAGUGUGAUGGUUUAAUGGUAACCUUAUCUCCACUACCUUGAUGGGUCAUCCCUGUCUCAAACACCAAGAAACUGAGCCUGCCAUGGACCUGUCUCCUGAGCCUACCACCACCGUGCUACACUUUCAGUAACCUCUCUACCUCCUUCUUAAUUGUAGUUACCCACUGCCAUCUUGGAUUAUCUCUUGUCCUUCCUCUCCUCUCCUUCCAGUCACAUCCUUCCUUUCUCUUUCCUCUACAUUUUCUCUUUACCUUUACACCAUAACCAUUCCAGUAUUUCCUUAAUCCUUCCUCUCUCCAGCCAUGCCUUAGUCCCUCAUCUUUCUUCACCAUACCUCCCUCAUCGUGUAUGUCAUUGUCUGCUGCAGCCCUGGCAGUUAGGUCAGCAUCGUGGUGGCCUCGCAUGUAGCAUCACAGCACCACCAUGGGGUUGUGUUUGACAGUUUGUGACCGGGUGUACACCUAUUACACAACACACGAAGACAACAGUAGUCAUGAGGUGGACACCAUGGUGCUCAGUCUUGGUACCGCACUCAAAAAUAUAUUCCCAGCUGUCCCUCUCACACACAUCAUCCGCAAAGUGGACAUCCAGCCUUCUAAGCGGAUGCAGCAGCUAGAGGAGCUGGAACGAGCAACACUGGGAGGGACUAGAGACAUGGGACCAUGCGGCGGCUUCUCUACUCAGUACAUGUGUAUGUGCGACUACCAUGCACUACCAUAUAGAGAAGAAGUAGCGUGGGAUGUCGACACCAUCUACCUCUCACACGAUACUCGAGAGCUCUACUUACACGACUUUGAUUAUUUAGAGCAAAAGGGAAUGGACAGUAACAGAGACCUCAUCCCUAUAAUAAGUGCACUCGAGUACAACACAUGGUUUCGCAAACUUCGGGCAAGUCACAGUAAACUCUCCCAUGAAGCAAUAGAACGGAUUUUACACGUGGUUAGCAAGUCACUUAGCUUAGAAGAAGUAUAUUUAGAUAAUAUUGGUGCCAAAGCAGAAUUUGCUAACAAGCUGUCAUUGGCACUUUUGUCCAAUAGCAACAUUCCAUUGCAGAAACUUGACCUCUCGCACAAUCCACUUGAGGAUAAAGGUUUAAACAAUCUGUGCGGCCUGGUAGCCAAGCUGUCUCCAGUAACUGGGGGUGCUAUACACAUUAGUAACCCAAUUGGGCGGCAAGCAAAAGGUCUUAGUCAUCUUAAUCUUUCUCAGUGUGGUCUCACUGGUAAAGGUGUCAACAUGUUAGCACAUUCCCUCUCAGUCAAUAAGUAUAUGUGUCAAACUUUAACAUUCCUGAGCCUGGCUGGCAACUCCUUGCGAGAUGAUGUCAACAACCUAUACAACUUUUUAGCACAACCCAACACCCUCAAGACUCUUGACCUCUCUGCCACUGAGUGUGCCAUUGAUGCAGUAUUUGGGGCAUUAUUACGUGGAUGUACAAGUAGUCUAGCUCACCUCAUCCUCUCACGAAACAGUUUUGGCAGUAAGAAGACACGAGAAAUGCUGCCAUCCUUCAAGCAAUAUUUUACCUCUACCUUGGCCCUAAAAACCCUCACACUUUCUCAGUGUAAACUUCCUGCUGAUGCUCUCAAGUGA